GGCAUUCUGUCCUUUCCUCCUUUGGGCCUCCUUCCUCUCCUCAGGGAGUCCCGGGGACAUUGUGAUAGGGUGGGAAUGAUGUCAUGUCCUCCUUAGGCCAGGGGCUGGGCAAGAUAGCUGCUGAGUCUUCUGAGGAGGGCCUCUCUUCAGCCCCAGCAGCACAGGUGGUAUCCAGGGCUUGGAGCAGCCAGAGUGGGUUGAAGGACGGGUCUGCUUCAGGCUGGCUUCAAACUCAAAAGAGAUCCACCUGCCUCCUUCCUCUUCCAGACUAGUGGCAUUAAGGCAUGCGCCAUUACGCUUGGCAUUCUUGUAUGUUAAGCUCGGCCUAUCAGCCAGCAUUCAGGAAAUGACUUAGAGGCCUUAUGCACACGUCCGUGCUUCCUCACUUCAGACUUUACAACUGCAGCCAACCCAGUCUGGAAGCACUUCUUACUGAUGCUACAAGGAAACCGCUACCUCAGCAAACAGAAGAAAGACGACACACAGUUAACAAUGCCAUGCUUGAAGGAAACUUGUUUCCAGAAACCCCGUACAGGACAUUGGGAAGUUUUUAGCACUGAAAAGCAGCUUUCCAGGUAAAUGGAUUUGACAGGCAGGUUCUGUCAAUUCUGCAGAGUCUCUUCCUGAAGGACUUCUUGUGAAGUAACCCCUGCCACCUAAAUGCUGUUGACCAGCUUAGGGUCGGGUCUUUUUUUUUUUGGUAUAUAGAAGAUACAUUAUAUUACAUUUUAAAAGUUAAGUUAUUUUUCUGCUGUUGUAAAUGUAAGUAUCAAAAUAUUCUUACAAAGUAAUUAUAAGCAAACACUUUCCUCAGCAAAGCAUAUCUUUAUUGAGGGUAGGAUGCUGAACAGUUAUACAGCAUUUCAGACACACUUUUAUUUUUUUGCCAGAAUUCCUACCUACAUUGAAAAUAUUAACUAUAUAAGCCUGUUAUUUUUCUCACCUUUGUGUUGGAUCAUAUGGUCACCUGCCUCAUGGAAAUGCCUUUUCUAAAACUUAGAUUUGCAGAACUCCACUAUUUUUAUACCUAGCUGCAGUUUUGGGAAAAAAGGACUCAGAGCCCUGAGCUGCCAGGGGUCCCGGGACAGUUCCCCCCGCAUGUAUUGCUGCAGUGCCCAGGCCAGUAAGAUGGACUACAAGCGGCGCUUCCUGCUUGGCGGGUCCAAGCAGAAGCUGCAGCAGCACCAGCAGUACCCAAUGCCUGAGCUGGGCCGAGCGCUGCACUCUCCCCUGGCAUCCACGGCCUCGUCUGCCCCACUGGGCAGUCUGACCGCCGCAGGCAGCUGCCACCAUGCCAUGGCCCACUCCACUCCCAUCGCUGACAUCCAGCAGGGCAUCUCCAAGUACCUGGACGCCCUCAACGUCUUUUGCCGAGCUAGCACGUUCCUCACAGAUCUCUUCAGCACCGUGUUCAGGAACUCACACUACUCGAAGGCCGCCAUGCAACUCAAAGAUGUGCAGGAGCACGUGAUGGAAGCUGCCAGCCGAUUGACCUCAGCCAUAAAGCCCGAGAUUGCCAAGAUGCUCAUGGAACUCAGUGCUGGGGCUGCAAACUUCACAGAUCAGAAGGAAUUCAGUCUCCAGGACAUUGAGGUGUUGGGGCGAUGUUUCCUGACGGUGGUGCAAGUCCAUUUCCAGUUUUUGACUCACGCCCUGCAAAAAGUCCAGCCGGUGGCUCACUCUUGCUUUGCCGAGGUAGUUGUGCCGGAAAAAAAGAACAGCAGUCUGUGUGGCAUGGGCCACACCCCCGAACUGGAGGAAGCCGUUCGGUCCUGGCGAGGAGCUGCUGAGGCAACAUCCAGGUUAAGAGAGAGAGGCUGUGAUGGGCGCUUGGCAGGAAUUGAAGUCCAGCAACUCUUUUGUUCUCAAAGUGCAGCGAUUCCUGAGCACCAGCUAAAAGAGCUGAACAUAAAGAUUGACAGUGCUUUGCAGGCAUAUAAAAUAGCGUUGGAAAGCUUAGGCCACUGUGAGUAUGCAAUGAAGGCUGGCUUCCACCUGAACCCAAAGGCCAUUGAAGCAAGUUUGCAGGGCUGCUGCAGUGACGCCGAGGCCCAGCAGACGGGGCGAAGGCAGACACCCCCACAGCCCAUGCAGUGUGAGCUCCCCACCGUCCCUGUGCAGAUAGGACCGCACUUCCUGAAGGGGGUCUCCUUCAAUGAGUCGGCUGCUGACAACCUGAAGCUUAAGACGCACACCAUGUUACAGCUCAUCAAGGAAGCGGGCUGCUACAACGGAAUCACACCUAGAGAGGACCUCCCUGUGACAGAAGUACUGAACCAGGUGUGCCCGUCCACGUGGCGGGGGGCCUGCAAGACUGCCGUGCAGCUGCUGUUCGGCCAGGCGGGGCUGGUGGUUGUCGACACAGCACAGACUGAAAACAAGGAAGCCUAUGCACCCCAGAUCAGUCUAGAAGGCUCCAGAAUUGUGGUUCAAGUCCCAUCCACAUGGUGCCUGAAGGAAGACCCUGCCACAAUGUCCCUGCUGCAGAGGAGCCUGGAUCCUGAGAAGACCCUGGGUCUGGUGGAUGUGCUUUACACAGCAGUGUUGGACCUAAACCGCUGGAGGGCGGGGAGGGAACAAGCUUUACCCUGUAUACAGAUCCAGCUACAAAGGGACAUCUGUGACUUUGGGAACCAGGCUGACCUGCCGCCUGGAAAUGGGAGCAAAUCCUCAGGCCUGCAGAAGACCUUCUCCAAACUGACGUCUCGGUUCACCAAGAAGGUGUCGUGCAGCAGCUCCGGCAGCGCCCACUAUUCCAAAACCGUCUUCGCAGCCGGGUGCUCAGAGGAGAAGGCCAAGAUGCCGGGCAGCGUGGAUACCCGGCUGCAGAGCAUUUUGAACAUUGGCAACUUCCCCAGGACUACAGACCCUUCCCAGUCGGCCCAGAGCUCCAGUAACCCAAUGGCCAACGGUUUUCUCCUGGAGAGACAUGACACCUUCCUGCACGGGGAUGAUGGCAAGGACGAGAAGGGCAUGAACUUACCCACUGACCAGGAAAUGCAGGAAGUGAUAGAUUUUCUCUCAGGCUUUAACAUGGGCCAGUCACAUCAGGGGUCCCCACUAGUGACAAGGCGUAAUUCUGCUGCCACUGCCAUGGCGACUGACCAGAAGGCAGGAGCCAUUCAACCACAGCAGCCGUCACUGCCACUGGCCCCUCCACUGCGGACACCCCAGGCUGGAGCGCACACACCUCUGGCCCCCCAGCAGGGCCUGGCUCCUCAGCAGCAGUCUCCAAAGCAACAGCAGCCCCAGGUCCAGUACUACCAGCACCUGCUGCAACCCAUCGGAUCGCAGCAGACUCCACCCCAGCCUCGGGCGCCUGGCAAGUGGGUCCAUGGUUCAUCUCAGCAGCCAGCGCCGCCAGUGGCAGCGGCUCUGUCUCCUCUUGGCCAGUGGCCCGGCGUGUCUGAUCUCAGCUCUGACUUGUACAGCUUGGGCCUCGUGAGCAGCUAUAUGGACAACAUGAUGUCAGAAGUCUUGGGACAGAAGCCGCAGGGACCUAGGAAUAACACCUGGCCAAACCGUGACCAAACUGACGGGGUCUUCGGAAUGCUGGGGGAGAUUCUGCCUUUUGAUCCUGCAGUGGGCUCAGACCCAGAGUUUGCUCGCUACGUGGCAGGAGUGAGCCAGGCAAUGCAGCAGAAGAGGCAAGCCCAGCAUGGCCGCCGGCCGGGCCACCCCCGGGGCCACUGGCCACCCAUGGAUGAUGCCCACCGGACCUGGCCUUUGCCAGAGUUCUUCACGGAAGGGGACAGCCUGCACAGCGGCUGGUCAGGUGCUCAGGGAGACUCGGCCAGCUCCAGCGAUGAGACCUCUUCAGCCAAUGGGGACAGCCUGUUCUCCAUGUUUUCAGGGCCUGACCUUGUUGCUGCUGUCAAACAGAGAAGGAAACACAGCAGUGGAGAGCAGGAGACCAGCACCCUGCCCUCCCCACCUCUCCUCACCGCCGUGGAGGACGGGAACCAGGAUAACAAAACAAAAACGUGGCCCCCCAAAGCACCGUGGCAGCACCCCUCCCCACUGCCCAGCACGACGCCCAGCCCCGCCGCGCCGCUCUUCACAGUCGCCAGCCCCGGCAGCCAGUGGAACGACACCAUGCAGAUGCUGCAGUCCCCCGUGUGGGCCGCAGCCAGCGACUGCAGCGCUGCCUCCUUCCCCUAUGUGCAGCCGGCUCCCCAGCCCCCGCCUCCACCAGCACAUAAGGCGGUGGCACCCAAGGGCUUCAAGGCCUUCCCUGGGAAGGCUGAGCGCAGGACAGCCUAUCUGCCCCAGUACUGAGCACAGCUGCCCUCCUGCCCGUCAAGGCUGUUGGGGCAACUGUCCCCAGGGCUGCAGGGCUGACACUAGCCCCCAGAAGGACCAGUGCACCCCUGUCGCAGGGACAGAAAUGUUCCUUGGGUCAGAGGUGAUUGGCAGCUCCAAGUCUUUAAAGCCUGAUUUCUCAAACUUUGAAGGUAGCGGACCCUUGGGAGACAGUUGAAGAUGGAGAUCUCUGACACUCAGGGGAUGCUGGCAGUCUGCACGCUUAAUAAGCACCGCAGGUAACCCUGGUGCAGGCGGCCAGAGGCCACUCUGGGGACGCAGUCGGAAGGUUGUCGGUCCUGCUCUUGGGAACGGCAUGAGGCCGGCAGGCUGAGAACAAAACCGACCAUUCUCUGACACUCUCCUCCUCUUUAACACAUGAGUGGGAUCACUCCUGUCACUGGUUAUAGAUACUUCUCAUGUAGAUUCUCAGUUAAACACGCCUCCUGCCUAAAACACAUUGACUGUUGUACAAGCCCAGGUACCCUGGCUGAGGUUAGCCCAGCACUGCCUUCGUUUGAGCUUAUACCAGACAUCGUGAUCAGGAACAGCCACCUGGCUUCCCGCGCGUGGGCAGCCCCUCUGGUCAGACGCAGCCAGGGGUGCGGGCUCACGGGGUUUGCAGGGGCAGGACUGGGGAGCUGCCCUGCUGCCCUCGGAUCCUCCCACCGUGACCGAGGCAGUACCGCACUCCUCGAAGGAAGCAACUGUGGGGAGGGGUUGCACCAUGACCCCGCACUCAGAACCGCAGUGACAUUGGCAAGGGGGCUGAAAAGACAAAAGAAUUAUGAUGUAGACAGGAGUUCAAAGUCUUCGUUUAGUCAACAGCAACAAAAAAAACCACCUCACUUUUAGUUAACAUGUGCCAUUAAACAGAUUUGGGGAUAUUUUCCAGCCAGAAUGGAUCCAGAAGAAUUGAAUGGUGCUUAAAUUGAGAAAUAAUAAUAAAUAUAUCUAUAUAGAGUAGACACUUCCCACUAUAUAUUAAUUGAGGUUGCAGAAAGUUCUUUAUAUAAAACUUAUUUAAAAUUUUCAUAUUUCAUCUUUGAAAAUGUCUAAUUGAGAAAAAUCCAUGAUAUUUUCUGGUAUGAAAGUUUGACAGUAUUAAUUUUUUUUAUAUUUUCUUAAAUCAUUAAACCAUUUUAAUAUAUGUUAACUACUAAUAAAUGGUUUAUUCUUUCUAACACCAUGUAAGCUUUUCCAGCAAAGAUUGUAAUAGCACAUUUAUGUUCUCAUUUUCUACAGAUAAAUUUAUAUUUAAAAAUACCAAAAAGAAUCUAUGUCUACACACCACACAUAUGCACACACACAUUCACACACAAGAAUAUUAUAGAGGACCUGUCGGGUGUCCGAGCCCAGCCACCUGCGUCUUAGUACUGUGUCCAGGCUGUUGGAGGCCUCGGCUGUUGUCAUUUGUGCUGUGUGGGGGCGGGUGCCACGUCUGCCUGUGCUGACGAGCCUUCUCCGAGGGUUCAGAUUUCACCUCACCAUGUUUACAGAGAACUAUUUUGUACAUAGAGUUUUCCAGGCACGUACUUUACAGCAGCCCUGUGUGGCUGCUGUCUGUGUUAACUGUCACACUGUGCGCACCAAUCUGUUCCGAGUUCCUUGUGGCUGUUUUACUUGUGAAAAGUUUCUAUCUCCUUGGGUAACGUGUCCACAGCGCCCUGUGUGUUGAGUUCUAGUCCACUGCAGUUCUCUCAUUUUCAUAGUGCCUCCCGAAGACCUCACCCUGGGCCAAGGUCUCUCCCUGUGCCCCGGCCCAGAUGACACUAACUGUCAUCCCCGGUCUGCUCUUCUCUGUUAAGGAAGACACUGCAUCUCCAUGGCCGUGAGACCGUGUGAAGCGGUUUGUAUAGUGUCCACGUGGGUGCUGCCGCCUGUAGCACCGACUUGCCCUGAACACUGGUAACCCCAGGUGCUGCGCUUGGCAGAGGCUUCUUCUCGCCAGAGCGCAUGUAUGUGCGUGUGAGCGUGUCCUCAGCACGGCCAAAGCAUGGCUGCCUUGCUCGGCAUCAGCAGGACAUCAUGUGAAUAGUUGUGACCUUCCAAACUGGAACUCUACAUUUUGUAUCUUCCUUUUAAAGCUCCUAUAAGUAAAAUAACUAUUGGCUUUAUUAAAAUAUACAUUUAAUAAUA